AUGGCUGUAGACCCAGAGUUUGCCGCAGUUGCUGAAGAUUGGACUGGCCUUUGUGGCUGGCGUAUCGAAAACUUCAAGCCAGUCAAGGUUGCUGAAAUUGGUGCUUUCCACACAGGCGAUUCAUACCUUUACUUGUACGCAUACCUUGUUGGCACAAGCAAGCUUGUCCAUCGUGACAUCUACUUCUGGCAAGGCUCCACAUCAUCAACAGAUGAGCGUGGUGCUGUAGCUAUGAAGGCUGUUGAACUCGACGACAGAUUUGGCGGCUCUCCAAAGCAACACAGAGAAGUUCAGAACCACGAAUCAGACCAGUUCAUUGGCCUCUUCGACAAGGUUGGUGGUGUCCGCUACCUCGACGGUGGUGUCGCAUCCGGAUUCAAGAAGGUUGAGACAUCCACAAAGGUUGACAUGUACAGAAUCAAGGGCAAGAAGCGCCCGAUCCUCCAGCUUGUCCCAGCUGCUCGCUCCUCCCUCAACCAUGGAGAUGUUUUCAUCAUCCACGCUCCAGGCAAGUUCUUCCUUUGGAUCGGCAACAAGGCCAACCUUCUUGAGAAGAACAAGGGUGCAUCAGCACUUACAGUCUUGAAGCAGACAGAUCCAAAGGCUACCGAGACAAGAAUCGAAGACGAAGAGAACGAGGAACUCAACGCCAUCAUCGGCAAGGAAGGAGAAAUCGGUGCUGCUGACAACUCCGAUGCUGCCUACGAAACAGCCUUCGUCAAGGCUAUUUACGAUGCCAAUGGCAAGGAACUCGCCAAGGACGCUGCUGUCAAGAAGGCUGUCCUCAGCUCAGAUGCCCUUUCCUAUGUCAGAUACGGAGACAAGAUCUUCGUCUACAUCGGAAAGAACGCUGACAAGGGACUCAAGCGCACAGCUUUCCAGGGUGCUAUGAAGCUUAUCGACGAUCUCAAGAUGCCAGAAUUCGCUCCAAUCGAAGUCCUCUUCGAAGGAACAGAAGAUGAUGAUUUCGAUCUCUGCUUCCAGUAA